GAGUAAACUUAUUUCAUAGACCUGCUAGGACUUGCCAAAGGAACAGCCGUAGUAUGAUUUCUUAGUGUCUUCAACUUUCCACUUACAGCCUGAAAUAAUCAACCACUCUCGCAUAUCAUGCAUCUCAUCCUUACUGGAGCCACUGGCCUCGUUGGCUCUGGCGUGCUUGACGCUAUGCUCAAAUUGAAAGACAUCACCAAGAUUUCAAUACUGAGCCGCAGGCCAGUGCCAAUGGCAGCAGGUGAUCCCAGAGUCAAUGUCAUCACUCACAGUGACUUUACAAAAUACAAUUCAGAAGUUCUCGAUCAACUGCAAGGCGCAAAUGGUGUAGUUUGGGCAUUGGGUAUCAGCCAGCUCAAAGUAACAAAAGAUGAAUAUGUCACCAUCACCAAAGAUUUCCCUGUUGCUGCCGCCAAAGCCUUUUCCAAAAUAUCACCUUCCAACGAGCCUUUCCGCUUCAUAUACGUUUCUGGCCAUGGAGCUACCCUUCAGCCGACUUCGUUGACACCCAUCUUCGGUCGUGUGAAAGGCGAGACUGAGAGGGCACUUUCUGAGCUACAUGCGCCGACGAAAUUCCACGUCGAUUCUGUACGUCCUGCUGGCGUAGAUGCCACAAAUCAUGAGGCCAUCAAACCAUACAUUCCCAACCCUGGUAUGCUCUACAACGCUAUGUAUUUGUUCAUGGGUCCCCUCAUGAGAAACUUACUUCAGUCGUUGCAUAGCCCAACGGAGAAACUUGGCCCUUUUCUCAUGAAUAUGGCGAUGGGCAAGUAUGACAAGCAGUUGGAUGCUGGAGGAAACGACAUCUCCAGUAUCAAUGGUUCGAGGAUACUGGAAAAUGUAGCGUUCCAAAGGUUAUAUGAGCAAUGACAGAUCUUUGCAAAGAUGGAGAGCUGUUCGGCAGUGGAAUUUUCAAGAAUGGGUCUGUAACGGCGCUAUGAUGGAAACGAUCCGUAGAUGAAGCUUUGUAUCGGUUAUCGCUGAGUAGUGUUGUAUAGUGCAGUUGUUCUUGAUCUUACCUUAUUUUGUGAAGCUACGCUAAGGUAUGUUCCAAGCAAUACUACCUAGUAGUUAUAUCUUGAUUUCGGCUGUUGACAAAAGCUCCUGUGGUCCCAAAUAAAAACACAAAGGGUAUACUUUGAGAGGAGAAGUCCAUACCAGCAUUUCAAAAUCCACUUCAGUUGUUUGUUUCUCAG